GUACUGCUUCCCCCCCAGACCACUACUAACCACCGACCACUGACCACCACCGCCCAACAACCUGCACCCAUCGCAACGACACUCCAUCAUCAUCAUCAUCGUCCUCCUCCUCCUCCUCCUCCUCCUACCGAGUACAGCCUUCUGCUGCCCUCCCCUAGCCGACUAGCCGUCGCCCUUCCCCGGACGAAGCUGGCGCCCAUCCGCUCGCUGCCAUCCCCCGGCCUCGGCGACUCCGCCGCUUGCUCCACUCCACCCCGUUUCCCCCAACCCCAACCCUCCUCUCGAGCGAGCUCCGCUUUCGUCACCAACCCUUCAUCCUCCCUCCACCCCAGUGAGACACCGCUGUCUCACUCGUCGUCCCUACUGCACCCGUCCGUUCCCUGGGUCCAUCGCCUCCCGCUCCCGCUCCCGCUCGCUACACCUUCGUCCUCGUCCGCCCUCGUCCGCCCUCUGCUGCCUCCUGCGGCCGCGAGCCGCUGCGACCGCCGCCCAGAAUGGGUAUCUGCAUGAGCACAAACACCGAGGAUGUCGAGCAACGGAAACGCAGUCAGGCCAUCGACCGCAAGCUCGAGGAGGAUUCGCGCCGGUUACGACGCGAGUGCAAGAUUUUGCUCCUGGGUUCUGGCGAAAGCGGCAAAUCCACCAUUGUGAAGCAAAUGAAGAUCAUCCACCAGAAUGGCUACACCCAGGAGGAGUUGGCCAUGUACCGCUUGACCAUCUACAAGAACGUCAUUGAUUGCGCAAAGGGCCUCAUCACCGCCAUGCGCCACUUUGGCAUCGAACCCGAGAACCCGGGCAACCAAGACUACUGCCAGUACCUCAUGGACUACACCGUCGACCCGGACCCGGAGAAGCCCCUCGACAUACGGGUCGGUCAAGCCGUCACGGCCAUCUGGCACGAUCCCUGUGUGCCAAAGGUGCUCGAGCACUCGAGCGAGUUCUACCUCAUGGACUCGGCGCCAUACUUCUUUGACGAGGUAAACAGGAUAGCAGAUCCAAACUAUAUCCCCAUAGAGUCGGACGUGCUGCGCGCCCGCACAAAGACCACCGGUAUCUACGAAACGCGCUUCAGCAUGGGUCAACUGAGCAUACACAUGUUCGACGUGGGAGGUCAACGAAGCGAGCGCAAGAAAUGGAUACAUUGUUUCGAGAAUGUCACAUCCAUCAUCUUUUGCGUCGCCUUGAGCGAAUACGACCAAGUGCUACUGGAGGAGAGCUCUCAGAAUCGAAUGAUGGAAAGUCUGGUUCUCUUCGACUCGGUCGUGAACAGCCGGUGGUUCAUGAGGACGAGUAUCAUCCUCUUCCUCAACAAAGUGGACCUUUUCAAAGCCAAACUGGCAAGAUCACCACUGGGCAACUACUUUCCCGAUUACUCUGGGGGUAACGAUGUGAACCGCGCUGCAAAGUACCUCUUGUGGAGAUUCAACCAGGUGAAUAGAGCGCACCUGAACCUCUACCCUCAUCUUACGCAAGCUACCGACACCUCCAAUAUCCGACUCGUGUUCGCCGCCGUCAAGGAAACAAUCCUGCAGAACGCACUCAAGGAUUCCGGCAUUCUCUAGUCCCCCUCACACUCUCUGGCCAUAGCUUCCCGCAUCCUUUCUCGUCGACGAGGUCACACGUCGUACGCCCAUGUGCAUAAACACUACCGUUCUUCAACUCCGCCAACCUCAUAAUACACGAAACAUCACGACCACAUACCUUCUGCCAUCUGUGGGGCACUUCUGGAUCACGA